UAUGUUUACUGUUACAAGCAGACGAAAUGGAUUUACAUAACCUGUCAUGCACUUUUACAUUUUGCACCAACAAAUUUACAAGUUCACUUAUAUUUAUAAUACGUAAUUGAUGGCGCAAAUGUACGAUAUAAAAAAAUUAAUAUAAGUCUUUAUGAAAGGUUUUUCCAAUUGACAGCUCAUAAGUUGAAAAUUAAAUAAAAAAUACAAAGACAAGCAGAAAGAGAUUAUAUUAGCUCUAUAAUCUCUAUUAGGAGUAAUGUGCACUAUGCAUCAGUAUAUAGUAUUCUGAUAAGACGUAUGACGUUUAUCCUUACCACAUCUACUUAUGUAAAAACAUAGUUAUUCAUUACAAUAUCAUAUAGAGAAAAGAAGGUUAGAGUUUAAUGAAGGAACCAUCUUAGCUGUCAAUUGUAGGUUUGUAGGUAUAAAAGUUGUGUCCAUUCAUAUACUGAUAUGUAUAUGUACACAUAAAUGUACCAUUGCAUCACUUAAGAGUUUCACUUGGAGGAUAACAAGAUAAUACAUGACAGUUUACUCAAGCAUGGCCAAAUUAACGCAAUCCGUCUGGGGACUAUCUUCGAAUUUCGCUUCUAAUCAGUUCUUUUCACGACUACUGGCGACACCGUGGACAAGUGCUUUGCCACUGAGAUUGAAAACUUCAUCUGCUAAGGUGGUUAGUAAUGCCAAGGAGGAUGAGCUGGUUAUCAGUGACAGUUGUGUGAAACGUCUAAAGGAAAUCACAGAUGGAUCUAGCUUGCGAGUCACAGUUGAAGGAGGUGGCUGUUCAGGCUUCCAGUAUAAAUUUGAUCUUGAUUCUAAUAUUAAUGAGGAUGAUAGAGUUUUCCAGAAAGAUGGAACAAAGAUUGUUGUGGACUCCACGUCUUUGGAAUAUAUUAAGGGAUCCACAAUAGACUACCACACAGAACUGAUACGAUCGGCUUUCAGAAUAACAAAUAAUCCUCUAGCAGAACAAGGCUGCAGCUGUGGAGCUAGCUUUGCAAUAAAAUUGGACUGAUUGAAUGGAGUGAGCUUGAUUCAAAUAAUAAAAAUGAGAUGUGCAUAAAAUUAGAAAUAACGGGAACUUGUGUUUAAAAUUUAUAAUUGUUUAAUAAUAAGAAGAACAAUGUUGAUCUGUACAUAAUUUAACAUUCGAAUAGCGAACAUUAAAAUUUUUAUUAUUUAUAAUUCAUAAAUAACGUAACACCAAGUCAGAAAGCUCACAGCAAGUCUUUGCAGUUAGGAGCACAUCGAAAUUGGAUAUUAUGUUCGUAGUAUUUACAAUAAAUAAAGUUCCUUGAUGAGCACAUAUUGCAUCAUGGAAUGUGUUGUAUCGUCGAUAUGAAAUAGUUUGAAGGGCAACUUUACUUCCCCCUUUUACCAUUCUGAAAAAAUUGUAUGAAUAUUAUCUUUACUAUAUACAUUAU